CUGUCCAGUCCAGUCCAGUGGCAAACUUAUCGUCUUUCUUCUUUUGGCCAACUAACACGAUUCGACUCGCAAAAAUUUUACGCUUUGUUCUGAGUAUGCAUGCUGAAUUCAGUAUUCAGUCAAGAUAAACAAAUCAUUCAAACAAAAAUGUCAACCAUACCGAAUGAUGCACCGUGUCCACGUUUAUGUCAUCUGAUUAAAUGGCCAGAUUUCAAUGGAUAUGGUUUUAAUCUGCAUGCAGAGAAAACCAAACAAGGUCAAUAUAUUGGUAAAGUCGAUGAUGAUUCUCCAGCCCUGUUGGCCGGUCUACGUGAAGGUGAUAAAAUAAUUGAAGUGAAUUUUGUCAAUAUUUGUAAUGAAAAUCAUCGACAAGUUGUUGAACGUAUUAAAUCCAUUACAAAUGAAACACGAUUAUUGGUCAUCGAUGAUUAUGGUGACCGUUGGUAUCGUGAACGUAAAAUGGUCAUAAAAUCUACACAACCAAAUGUUGUUUGUUAUCGUACACCAGUACCAAGGCCAGAUCCGGGUACAUUGCCAUUACCGUUACCAUCACAGGAUCCAAUGAUACAACAUCGUACAACAUUAAUGAAUAAUAAUCUUAUUAGUAAUAAUAAAUCUGUUGAUCAUCCAGAACAGCAGACGGAUAAAAAUGAAUUGAAUCGCCGUAAAUCAUGGAUUUCAAAUUUCAAACCAGCAUUAAGUGCCAAAUUAUUAAUUGAUUAG